AUGGAGGAUGUCAAGAUCAACGAGAUAUUAGAUAUGAUCAAGGAGAUGUUUCCGAACCAGACGAGCCUCAACGAUGGGCAGAUAACGUUUUAUCACUUGCAGAUCAACGAGAUACAGAACAAGAUAAUGGACGUUUACGAGAGGUGCCAGCGAGACCUCGUGAACAAGCUAGCGAAGAACGAAGCUGAAUUGAGGCGGGUGAGGGGUCCUAGCGGUAGUAAUGGUACCAAUGGUUCGAUAGCGUCUACCGUGCCUGCUACUGCUAGUUCGAGCACGACCGGUAGUAGUAGUACUGGUGGUUCUGGUUCUGGUUCUGCUCCUGCUUCUACUUCUACUUCUGCAGUUGCAGCUGCGGCUGCACCUGCUACUGCUGGUAGUAGUGGUGGUGCUACGUCAAACAACUCUGCCAACGGCGGUAGCGGUGGUUCCAACAAGGUAGACUACAUGAAGUCGCGGCGUGGCAAGAUCCUAGCGAUGUACCGUGACACAGUGAUAGCGAAGCUCGAGUCGUUCGAGCAGUUCAAGAAAGUGUUUGAUUCUUUUGCCAACAUCAGCAACAACGAGGUCAUCAAGGUGGAAAACGACCUCAAGAAGUUGAAAACGUUGCAUCUAAACAACUUGAUCGACCUACAAUGGAACCUACAGAACUGUGUAACGAACGGUGUGAUGAGUAUGGGCCACGAGGACACAGAAAAGGUACUUCUGGCCCAAGAUGAGCUAGACAUGACUGUCAAUUUUGUCAGAGACGCAAUGGACAACUGA